AUGAAGAGGCUAGUAGUUUUGCUUUUGCUCCUGGUAUUGAGCAUUGAUGCUGAAUAUGAUGAGGUGUGCGAAUCUAGUUGGCCGUUGACCCCAAGGCCUCACAGUGUAUCGGUCACGGAAUUCGGUGCAGUUGGGGACGGAAAAACCUUGAACACGGUCGCGUUUCAAAAUGCGAUUUUUUACCUCAAGUCGUUCGCCGACAAAGGUGGAGCCCAGCUGUAUGUUCCCCCGGGAAAGUGGCUCACGGGAUGCAUUACGCUCACGAGCCGUCUAACGCUUUUCCUCGAGAAAGACGCCACUAUUCUCGGUUCUCAGGAUUAUAGUCACUGGGAUUUAGUGGAUCCCUUACCUUCAUAUGGCCGAGGACUCGAGUUACCUGGUCGAAGAUAUCGUAGCUUGAUCAGCGGACAAGAUUUAACUGAUGUUGUUAUCACAGGUUCAGUUUGGUGGGAACAAUUAAAUAAUCAUUCUUUAAAUUACAGCCGACCACAUCUAGUUGAACUCGUUGGGUCGAAUAACAUUGUUGUAUUAAACUUAACCUUCAUAAAUGCACCUGCUUGGAACAUACACCCCGUUUAUUGCAGUAAAUUUCUCGUUCAGAAUAUUACAGUUUUUUCUCCGCCCGACUCUCCAUACACUAGUGGUGUAGUUCCAGAUUCAUCCGAGCACGUUUGCAUCGAGAAUAGCAACAUCACCACCGACCACGAUGCAGUUGCCUUGAAGAGCGGUUGGGAUGAGUACGGAAUUUCGUACGGAAAACCAACUUCUCGAGUCCACAUUCGGAAGCUUAAUCUCCGCUCCUUUUCCGGCUCGGGAAUUGCCCUUGGAAAUGAGAUGUCCGGUGGCAUCUCGAGCAUCCUAAUCGAGCACCUCCACGUGCUCGACUCCUCUACCGGAGUCGAGCUCAAGACCACCAAGGGACGAGGAGGCUACAUCAGGGGUGUUUUUGUCCGAGACGUUUUCAUGAAAAACGUGCGGCAAGGGAUUAAGGUGAUGGGCCAAUGCGGGUCCCACCCAGACGAUAGCUUCGACCCUAAUGCUUUUCCGGUCGUGACCGAAAUCACGUUUAGUGGCUUGUUCGGCGUGAACAUUUCGACUUCAGGGGUAUUUUCGGGAAUAGAGGAAAUGCCUUUCACUUCGUUAUGCCUCUCGAACGUAUCAUUCAUUGGCGCCUCCUCAGCCGAGAAGUCGUGGGAGUGCUCGGAGGUGGAGGGGUCGUCUUAUAAUGUGUUUCCCGAGCCGUGUCCCGAGCUGGAAGGCUCGUUUUCCGAGUGUGCCAUUUUUUCUCGUGAAGAAAGUCGGGUCGCGGAUUCGUGA